AUGCUAUCCUUCUGGGAUGUGGCCAUUGAGUUCUCUGCAGAAGAGAGGGAAUGCCUGGAGCCUGCUCAGUGGAAUUUGUACAGGGAUGUGAUGUUGGAGAAUUACAGCAACCUUGAUUUCCUGGGUCUUGCUGUCUCUAAGCCACACCUGGUGACAUUUCUGGAACAAACACAAGGGCCUGGGGAUCUGAAGAGACAAGCAACAGACAGUGUGCACCCAGGAACAAUACCAAAUGACUGUAAGAAUUUUAGCAUGGCCAUUGACUGUAACUCACUCCUUAUUCAACACCAGAGAAUCCAUACAGGGGAGAAACCCUACAAGUGUGAAAUAUGUGGAAAGGCCCUUAGUUCUCAAAAAACCCUAUCUAUACACCAGAGACUCCAUACUGGAGACAAACCCUAUAUGUGUAAAGAAUGUCAUAAGGUGUUUAGUACUCGCUCAUCACUUUCUAUACACCAGAAAAAUCAUACUGAAGAAAAAACGUACAAGUGUGAAGAAUGUGGCAAAUUAUUUUACUAUCCUUCAAUGCUGAAGCAUCAUCAAAGAAUUCAUUCUGGAGACAAACCCUACAAGUGUGAAGGAUGUGGCAGAGCUUUUUAUUAUCCUUCAUUCCUGAAGCGACAUCAAAGAGCUCAUUGUGGACAGGAACCAUACAAGUGUCAAGAAUGUGGGCAAACAUUUUCCUGUGCUUUAAUCCUUAAUAAACAUAAACGAAUUCAUAUUGAUGAGAAACCCCACAAGUGUGAACUGUGUGGAAAAGGAUUUACUAAGCCUUCUGUCCUUUCUGAGCACAAAAUAUGUCAUAGUGGAGAGAAACCCUACAAGUGUGAAGAGUGUUACAAAUGUUUUUCCUCUUCUUCAACCCUUAGAAAUCAUCAAAGAAUUCACUCUGAAGACAGUCACUACACAUGUAGGGAAUGUGGCAGAGCCUUUUACACACAUUAUGCCCUUACUCAGCACAAGUUUGUUCAUUCUGGAGAGAAACCCUACAAGUGUGUAGAGUGUGGGAAAGCUUUUUAUGAUCCUUCAUUCCUGAAACAACAUCAAAGAGCUCACUGUGGGCAGAAACCCUACAAGUGUGAAGAAUGUGGGAGAACAUUUUUCUCUGCUUUAAUCCUUAACAAACAUAAACGAAUUCAUUCUGGCGAGAAACCCUACAAGUGUGAACUGUGUGGAAAAGGAUUUACUAAGCCUUCUUUCCUUUCUGACCACAAAAUAUGUCAUACUGGAGAGAAACCCUACAAGUGUGAAGAGUGUGACAGAUGUUUUUCCUCUUCCUCAACCCUAAGAAGACAUCAAAGAAUUCACUCUGAAGACAAUCCCUACAAGUGUAAGGAAUGUGGCAGAGCCUUUUACACGCUUUAUACCCUUACUCAGCACAAGUUCAUUCAUUCUGGAGAGAAACCAUACAAGUGUGAAGAAUGCGGGAAAGCUUUUUCUUAUAAUUCUAUCCUGAUCCAGCACAAAUUAAGUCAUACUGCAGUGAAAUCUUAUCAGUGUGAAGAAUGUGGGAAAAUGUUUUACCCUACUUCAAAACUAAAGAAACAUAGAAAAAUUCAUUAUAAAGAGAAACUGUACAAAUGUGAAUUCUGUGGAAAUGCCUUUUCUAGUAAUUCUUCCCUGGUUCAGCACAAAAUAGUUCAUACUAGAGAAAUGCCCAAGUGUGAAGAAUGUGGCAAAAUGUUUUCCAGUACCUCAAAAUUGAAGAGACACAAAGAAACUCAUUGUCAAGAGAAACCUUUCAAAUGUGAAGUAUGUGGUAAGGACUUUUGUACUCGCCCAGAACUUUCUAGACACAAGACAGUUCAUUCUGGAGAGAAUCCCUACAAGUGUGAACUGUGUGGAAAAGGAUUCACUAAGCCUUCUGUACUCACUGAGCACAAGAUAGCUCAAACUGGAGAGAAACCCUACAAGUGUGAGGUGUGUGGCAAACGUUUUGCCUGUUCUUCAGACUUUAAAGCACAUCAGAGAAUUCAUUCUGAAGACAGUUGCUACAAGUGUGGGGAAUGUGGCAAAGCCUUUACCAAACUUUGUGUAUUUACUCAACACAAAUUUGUUCAUACUGGAGAAACACCAUACAGGUGUGAAGAGUGUGGCAAAGGAUUUUCUAGUCCUUCAUAUCUUAAGUAUUAAACUCACUGAUUCAUGAAGAUAGGAACUUUCGUGGAAUCACUGUGUCUGUCAUUAGAGCC